AUGGCGGCUCCAUCUUCUGUGCGUGUAUGGGGAGGUGUCCCGAGUCCCCAACGGGCUCCUGAGAGCCAGCCCCCAAACUCUCCUGUCCAUCUAAAGCGGGAAGGUGUUGACAGAGAAGACCUUGGGGGGCUGUACCGCCUGUGCUUUUCCCCCACGUCGUGUAGCACAUGCUUAUUUAUAUUUCCAGUAGGCGAGAAACUCCCUAAUUCGCGAAUGAAUUUAGGCUUAUAUCCGAAACGGGAGUGUGAGCCCCAGUUGAAAACUGUGCAGGGAGUUGUCACAAGUUUCUGUGGUGAUUAUGGUGUGAUUGAUGAGUCGAUCUACUUCAGUUGUGAUGUUGUGACUGGCAAUGAGCCUCUAAAAGUUGGACAGAGAGUUAAUGCGGUUGUGGAAGAAGAUAAAACACUUUAUGGAUUGAGAGCAAUCAAGGUGGACAUUGUGCCUUACGAUGCUGGACCCUCAGACGCAGGAACCAAACUUUUAGUUGGAUGUGUCACUUCUAUAAGUGAGGAUACUGUUUAUAUUAGUGACGACAUUAAUUUCUCCCUAGACAUUAUUUCUGAAGAUUUUGUGCCUUAUGAGGGCGACUGGUUAGACGUGGAAUAUUCCAGUGAGCCAGGCAUCUCAAACAUCAAGGCAAUCUCUGCGAAGCCCACCCGUUGGGCUUGCGCGGAAGAGGUCUGCAUUACUAGCGUCCGUGGAAGAAACGGAGUGAUAGAUAAUAAUAUCUUUUUCACCUUGGAUUCUGUGAAACUUCCUCAUGGAUACCAGCCUCAACUAUUUGAUACCGUCAGCGUGGUCAUGGUGGAGAGCACUCACUUCUGCUAUGUCUGGAGAGCGGUUUCCAUCAUCCCAGCGCAAAAAUCCCCCGGAUCCCAGGAUGACGGAGGCCUGGGAUGGCCUGAAACGAAGUGUCACAGUCAAAGCAUUUAACUGAAAAGGCAGCAGGGACAGCAUGUUAAAGGCAUCACAAAGCACUUAGAAGAGUGCUUGGCAGGCUCAAGGUGCAGAUAAAGUGUUAUUAAGUUCAGUGACUGAAUGAUUGGACCAACAACGAUGUUUAGCUGUGCUUCAUUCAUCACUGGUUCUUUAGGAAUAAAACUGUUGAGCAACGCAUUAAGUCCUCUGUUGAGUUUUUUUAACAACACCAAUAACCAUAAAAAGCCGACUCUGCUGUACAUGAGCCUCCGUGAGCCUCUUUGUUGCAGGGGUGCAGCUCAUGUGCAGACAUGAAGAAAGACACAAACACAGAGCCCCUUGAAGCGCAGAGAAGCUGCUUACCCACUGGGAAGGGUUAUAUAAAAUCCCACAAGUACACCCCAUGAAACUUCUUGCUUUCGUCUAGCAGAACAUUUAGCCAGGUAGCUGUGACCUACGGAGACAUUCAGAUCUUUGGGCGUAGCUUGAAUGUGGUUGUGAACUUGCACCGAGUCCUGUGAUUCAUAAUUCCACCAUUACCCCCAGUCCUUGAAUAAACAGAGUUGUGUUUUCACUUUCCAUUACAGAUCCAGUGAGACCUCCCAAUCAUCCAGGGGUUUGUUUCCUGCUUGAUAAGAAGAGUGAAGAUCUUGUAGAGUUCCCAUUUUCACUCGUUGGUUCACUCCACGAAAUCCUACUGAUUCUCUUUUAUGUGCCAGGCACUGUUGAGGCUCCAGAGUUAUAGCCUUAACCCAAAGGACAAAAUUCCAGGCCCUAAUGGAACUUGUGUUCUUUUAAUGCCCCCACACCCCCCACCGUCCUCAGCUUCCUGACCCAUGCAGCAGAGCUCCUGUGAUAGAAAGGGGCAAGCGGGGGCUGUGGCAGCACCAGGUCCCUGUGAAUGUCGUCAUUUAAAAGCAGCUCCAGACCCCGUGGAAUUACAGAGCAGUCCACGUUGGACUUGAGAGAUGCAUGGGCCAUGACUUCCACUACCUCGCCAUUUAAUUCUCCAGUUUGGUUGAUGUGGAAGAAUGUUCUUUGGCAGUUAUAAUGCAUUAUGAUAAGCCCGGUCAGGUGGUGAUUCAGUCACAGCUGCUGUUUCACAAACUUCCUCACUGGAUUGAGGACCACCUGGGAGGCAGCAGUUCAGCAGGGUAGGGGGAGGGGAUUAGAUAAAUUUCCUUUAUCUUCUUUCAAAUAGCAAAGCCCAGAACCACUUUGCUUUCAUAAAGCAGACCAAGUGGCAGUACACUUUGAAUAUUUUGCCUCAAGGAUUUGUUAACUCCAAGGCUCUUUCCCACAAUUCAGAAUGGACAGUCCUCGAUCACCUCACCCUCGUCGCACGUGUGUCUCUUAAAUGGGUGACCUCACGGCACAAGGACAGAAGGACUCAGGGAGCCGGAAAUAGUGCUCUCGGUCGGAAAUGUGCUUUUUCCCCAUGGGAAAGAAUUAGCUGGAAAAUGCAGGGACCUGUCACCACGAGUUUCUGGGGCUCCAGUGUUCUGCCAUGGAGCUUCCAGCUGGCACGCUGUGAAAGCGUUGCAGAUGUGCUGAUAUCAGAUGCCUCUCAGCUCUCUUAGGGACACAUGCUAUGAAGAAAAUGAAAUAAGAUCAUGAUUUUUACCUGGGUUUGGCAAACUAUGGCCCUCGUGCCAGUUCUGGCCUGACGCCUGCAAUGGUUCUCCAAUCGUAAAGUUCUAUGUAGGCACCCGGAGCCUAAUGAGGGCCCGAUAUAUUGAUCCUAGUGUUCUUGCCACCAUGAUUACACCUACUGUUAAUAAAAGAGGCACCUUGAGGUCUCUCAUUGUGACUGUGGUUUCAUCCUCUAACCAUUCAUAGCUUUCAUGGGUUCUGGUCGUCAUUUCACUCCUCUUGUGGGAUGCAUAAAGCUUUAAGCAUACAUCUGCCAGUGGGAUAUGCUCUGUGAAUGUAACCAACUCCUCUUCCUUAUGCUUAGUGUGUGGUUCUCUGUUUUGUCAAAAUUCCAAAUUCUACCUAAUCAGCCAUAUGUACAAGGAUCUCUGUUCCCUUGGUGUCGGAGAAGAAUACAGUGUUUCGAAUUGAAGCUCUUGUAUCUAUUGGCAAACUUGUGGUUGCACGUGUACCUGCAGUACCAGCCCAGGAAUAUGGAGUUUAGUCUAUGCUUUCCUCUCUUUCCACCUUUCCACCUUUCCACGUGUGUUUUUCUUUCUCAGCUUUGGAGAACCCUACCUUCCAUUAUCCUCUGUGUAUUUACUUAUUUGCACAAUCCUGCUGUAUGUGCUCUGCUACUGUGGGCAGCUUUCCAUCUGU